CUCCCCCCUCUCUCUCUGUGACAGGCGUCAAAAAUACCACCAAGGGAGCGCGGAUCAGCAGCUUUCCACGCAGCCACACUCGGCUGUUGUCCACCGUUCCGAUGCGUAAAUAUCCCCAAGAAAACUCUACUUUUCUCCAUUCAGAACCACCGAGGUGACGAUGGACAGAGCGUUUUAUUCUGAUUCUUCAAAGUAGCGAUGCCGGACUGAUUCGACUUUAAAUGUCUGUAAAAGGACAGCAUUCGACCACAUUCUUUGCAACACCCAGCACAUUUCUGCUUUGAGGGAGAAAAAAAACAUGAGGGAGAAGAUGUGGAUAUUUUACAGCGCUGACGACUCAAAGUGUCUUUUUUCUCUUUGGAAUCAGUGGUGUUUGUGUUACGCAGCGGUGGUGUGUUUGUUGUGUUCACCCGUCAGGACGGACGAUGCAUGUCCGUCGUCCUGCGUCUGUGCCAGAGACUCGGGGACGGUGACCUGUCGUGACGGAGAAGACACGGAGGUCCCGAGCGACAUACCGGAGUGGACAUCCACCUUGAUAGUUCAGGGUAGAAACAUCUCAACUUUACAGCGCGGUGCGUUCAUGACCAACAGCACGGAGUUGGAAAUGUCGAAACUCUCGCUGUCCGACAACGGGAUACAGGUUAUUGAACCUUACGCCUUCCUGGGGCUUCCCCGGUUGCACCUGCUGGAUCUGAGCCACAAUCAGUUGGAGUCUAUCUCAGCCAGGGCUUUCCACGGAUUACCAGAGCUGCGCUCUCUGUUCCUAAACUACUCGGUGUUGCCUGUGGCCACGGCGCAGCUCUCCAAUGCGCUCAGCGCACAAACUUUGCGCAAUCUCCAUAGACUGGAGUUGGCGGGAAACCAGCUAAAGUCUAUACCGCUGGUGAGGUUAGACAUGUAUAACCUCCAUGUGUUAGUUCUGAUAAAUAACUCGAUAGAGCGCAUCGGGAGGGAAAACGUGACCAGUUUGUACCAGCAAAGGCACAUACGCGUCUACUUGUCUUUAAAUCCGUUCUGGUGCGACUGUGAACUGGAGUCGUUUUACUACUGGCUGAAGAACUCAUCCCAGUGCCCGGAUGCAGGACAUCUACUGUGUAGUGAGCCGGAGGCCAAGAGGUGGAUUCCUGUUGAAAAGCUGCGGGGAGAGGACGUGGAUUGUAUGAACGAGAACCUGGAGGCGGUUUCGUACGUGUUCCUGGGUAUAGUGUUGGCCCUGAUCGGGGUGGUGUUUCUGAUGGUGCUCUAUCUCAACCGGGGAGGCAUCAAACGGUGGCUCAACAACAUCAGAGAGGCGUGCCGAGACCAGAUGGAGGUCUACCAUUACCGCUAUGAGCAGGACUCAGACCCGAGGCUGGCCAACGUGGCUGUUUAAGCUUUGAGAACAUCUGUAGGCUGCAGUGAGAGGACACUGGAGAACUACUUGGCAGUGACACUGUACUGUCAAAAUCAAUACCAAUGGCUUUUAAGACCAGUUUCGUCUUUUUCAGUAACUGGCCUAUGAACUGCAAGUCUCACUGUGAGAUGUGCAAAGAGCCAAACAGCUACAUGACUAUAAGGGACUAUUAAGUGUUCAUCUUGCACAACUGAAUACACUUCUUAGCAGUAUUGUACAUAUUGUAUAUAAGUCAAGACAGGAAUGCUUUUCAUGCAUAAUGUUAACUUACAGCAGCUUGUCCAACUCACUUAGUAUUAUUACAGUAUUAACCAAAUGAGAAUUACACAGUAAAGUUAUAUAGAAUUUCUGAUUUGAAAAGAUGAAAUGAAAGCUGUUGAACAGUCUGCUUUCAGGAAAAACUGCAGGCAGAACAAGAUGACUCUGCUUUUAAUCUGAAGGAGUGCAUAUUGCAUAAAAUAAAAUACAAAUAAGAGCAAAAGUGGCAAAGAAGGAGACAAGACAGAAUGAGGCAAGAAGGCUGGUGUGUUUGUCAGAGUGCCAUGUUUGUGGAAGCAGGUGGUGCUGAAGUAGACUGUUGUAUUUCAUUGUAAACCAUACAGGCUAAGUUACCAAUCUUGUCUUUAAGAAAAGCCUUUGAUAUUUGAAAAUACCAUGUAUCAUGUGACACCAGGUCACUUCAUCAGUAAAGCGAUGGAAGAGGAAGAGACAGAUUCUAACCAUGCAUGUGAUUUUAGUAGGCAUAGAAAACCAACCAAAACAUUAAUAAAAGGUCAAAUAAAAAUGUGGAGUUA